UAGCCUUCGUCUUCCCUAAAGGGGAUUUCAGCUCUGAAGAAAGAAGGCUGUCGUCCACCUCUCGGGUACGAAGAGAGCUAACGAGCGCGACAGGGAGAGGGAGAUGGAUCCCGAUUCGGUUGGCUCGACCUUGUCCGGCCUCGCGCUGGGGAAUGUGAUGGCCGCGGCCGCCAGAGAUUACCAAAAGGAAUUGUUAGGCAAAGAGAAGGCCCAGGCAAAACCAACUGCCAAUGAAGAGGUUGAUCUUGAUGAACUGAUGGACGACCCUGAGCUGGAAAAAUUGCAUGCUGAGAGAAUUGCAGCUCUUAAGAAAGAGUUUGAGAAACGAGAAGUGCUAAAAAGGCAAGGUCAUGGAGAGUAUAGGGAGAUAACUGAAGGGGACUUUCUAGGGGAAGUAACUGGUGGUGAAAAAGUGAUUUGCCAUUUUUACCACCAUGAAUUUUAUCGUUGCAAGAUAAUGGAUAAGCAUUUAAAGGCCCUGGCACCAUUGCACAUUGAUACAAAGUUCAUCAAGCUGGAUGCUGAAAAUGCGCCCUUCUUUGUGACAAAAUUAGCAGUCAAAACCCUGCCUUGCAUCAUAUUGUUCAAAAAUGGUGUUGCCUUCGACAGGCUGAUUGGGUUUCAAGAUCUUGGCAGCAAAGAUGAUUUUACCAUGAGUGCCUUGGAGAAUCUUUUGAAAAGAAAAGGCAUCAUAGAUGAAAGGAAAGGAGGUGACAAUGAUGAAGAUGCAGAUGAUGAUACUGACAGUUACAAACACAGGAACAUCAGGUCUUCUACAAUUCAGGAUUCUGAUUCAGACUGAGCAGACAGCAAUACCACAAUUUUUUUAUCUUAAUGUCUAUCUUGACCAUAUACUCUGAGAAAAGUACUUUUGCACAUCCGCUAGGGGUUCUUGAACCCACAAAUUCCAGCAAACAAGCAGGGCUUCAGAUCAUCUUUGAUAUGUACUGAUGCACAACCUUUCUUAUUUUAUCUCCAUCCAGGUGUCCUUCCUGUUCUUCUGUCCAGACUUAAGAUUGCUAACCUAUUUUCUUGGCUGUUUUUAGCUUGAUGUGUUGCUCAAGAGUAAACAUUUUAUUUCUACUUUAUUUCCGAAUUUAAUAGAGAGUUGCAUGUUUAUCUGUAGAUGUCUUCCUGAGAAGUUGUCCUGCAUUAUUUUUAAAUCUGUGGGCUAAAUAUUGGUAAUUUGGUAUAUAAAUUCUUGGAUCCUCCCUAUUUUGUUCAUUGCAAUCUAUUUGUAGUUGUUGCAUUAGGAAGUAUAACAAUCUUACUUGAUGUAUGAAUACAAAUUCAACUUGAAUUUA